AUGGCUUCAACCUUCUUAGGUCGACUCAUUCGCCAAGUCUCCUUCUACUCGUUUGGCUUCUUCAACUGGUGCCUUUUCCUGGGCUUGUUUGUGAAAAAUGGGACGUUCUUCAGGAAGGACACCGAGCAAGAUAAGCUACAGUUUGCAAUUGAAAGAGAUCGCUUCUGGAACCUGACCAAAUCACCUCUGCCUGGCUUCAAGCACUUCUUCUACACCCUCCGCAACGGGCUCAGACUGCACUAUAUCAGCAACCGCGAUGGAACUUCGCAGGGCAAUUUGGUGAUAUUUUUCCAUGGAUUCCCCGACAGUUCGAUGAUGUGGAGACAUCUCAUGCAAGAGCCUGCCAUGCCAAUCCGCGAUGCUACCCUGGUCUGCGUCGAUUUACCUGGGUAUGGAGGCAGUGACAGUUUCAAGAAGUACGACACGGAAGUGCUCGAGGCUCUUACGGAAUUUGUUGUGGCAAUGAGGGACAAAUACAUCCCUGCGGAAGACUCAGACGAGACCAGCACGUUCAUUGUGGGUCAUGACUGGGGUUGUGUUUUGGGAUUUCGUCUGGCUGCAGAGGCUGCAUGCCUUGCAGAUCGCUUCAUCUUGACAAACGCGCCGCACGUUGAACUCGCCUUUGCCAACAGAGACCGAAUCCUGAACUCAGCCUCGAAAAUCUUCAAGCAGUUCAAGCAGUCUCCGAAACAAAAUUUUGGGUGUUUGUCAAAGGCCCUGAAUACUUUGAAGCCAUUGAUGGUGCAAACAUUGUUAAUGGGCUACAUUUUUGCAUUCCAUCUGCCGUCGAUCUUCGUCCGGUACCUGGGCGUGGCUGGGAACUAUUCAUUCGUUCGAGGGGCAAAUUGGUCAUCAUACACAAAAGGCUCAAAGGAAUAUCGUGCUCAAGAAUGCAUGGCCUCUUCUUUCGGCCCUGGCCCAGAGGAGUGCAAAACUUCAAUUCCGACCGUCAACGGCGUCGCCGACACCACCAACGGAGAGACCCAGGCAAACUGCUACGGGCCCAGCGUGUUGCAACGUGCACGAUCUCCUCAAGAGGCUUUCUGGAAUAUGACCGGCUAUUAUCGGGACGGAGUAGGCUGGCGUCCAUGGACCAAGUCGCUCGAGACUAUAACCGAUCUCUACGCUCUGGAGACCUCGGCGUCUGAAUCCAGUUCUCCCGGCAGACGUCGAUCUUCAAUCUCACAAUCUUUGUUUGUCGAUCAGUACAAGGGAAGCCUCAAAGCACCUACAUACGUACUCUGGGGAGAGAAAGAUCAAGCCUGUUCCAAACGGAUCUGUCUGGACGGAAUUGGAGACUACUUGGGCAGAGACAGCGAAGUGACAAUUCUUCCGCGGAGCGGCCACUGGACUCCUGUUCAGAAAGAAGCUCGACCGGCUCUCGCUACCGCGAUUGGGUUAUUUGCCGGAGGAGGUGCAAGGCCUGUGGCGAAAAUGACCACUGAGGUGGAGAAAGUGUACCAAGGAGCUGUUUUGAUGGUGAAAAAAUGA